AUGCGCUACUACUUCGAAAAGUACCCUCAAGAUGCUGAAAAGGUUGUCAUAAAUAUCAAGGGCGCCUUCAAGCAUGGAACAGGUCCUACCGGAAGCCCAGAGGCUAUUCGCGCAUCCGUGGAGCAAGCUCUCGAAGGACUAGGGGGCGCGAAAGCCAUAGAUAUUUUCGAGAUGGCACGCGUCGACCCCGACACGCCCGUUGAAACAUCCAUCAAAGCUUUGGCUGAGCUAGUAAAAGAGGGUAAGAUUGGGGGCAUUGGACUAUCCGAAGUCAAUGCAGACACCAUUCGCAAAGCUCAUGCCGUUCACCCGAUCUCAGCCGUAGAAAUCGAGCUGAGCCUGUUUACACCCGAUCCACUUCACAAUGGAAUCAUGGAAGCAUGCUCCCAACUCGAGAUACCUGUGAUUGCGUACAGUCCGGUCGGUCGGGGCUGGCUCACGGGCAGUUUUAAGUCGCUCGAUGAUCUUUCGCCCAACGAUUUUCGCCCGAAGAUGUUCGAUCGCUUCCAGCCUGAAGUGUUUGAUCAGAACUACAAGCUUGCCGAGGCCGUGGAGAAGAUUGCCCAGAGCAAAGGCCUCAAACCGGCACAAGUCGCUAUCGCUUGGGUAGCGCGGCAAGGGGCGAUUCCCAUUCCAGGGUCUACCAACAUUGAACGCGUUACCCUGAACAGCAAGCUGUUAGAAUUAACCGAUGAGGAUAUGGAAGACCUUCGAAAAGCUCAGGAGACAUUUCCCGUUGCAGGUAAAAGAUAUGGAGGAGCGCAUGAGAAGCUGCUGAACGGUUGA